GCCCCUCUGCCGGUUGGGCCCGGUCUGCAUCAUGCUGCGAAUUUCUGCCUUGCGGCUGCUGGCGGGCCCACGGGCGAGCGGGCUCUGGCUCCUGCAGCACUCCAACCCACGCCUCUACGGUUCCGGCCCUCUGGGUGCCCGCGACGAUAUUCACGACGCGCGCGCUUACUUCACGACACCCAUUUUCUAUGUGAACGCGGCGCCGCACAUUGGGCACCUGUACUCCGCGCUGCUGGCGGACGCUCUGUGCCGCCACCAUCGCCUCCGCCUUCCCAGAGCCGGCGCCACGCGCUUCUCCACUGGUACAGACGAACACGGCCUGAAGAUUCAGCAGGCAGCGGCCGCCGCGGGCCUGGCCCCGACUGAGCUGUGCGACCGAGUCUCGGCCCAGUUCCAGCAGCUUUUCCGGGAUGCGGGCAUCUCCUCCACCGACUUCAUCCGCACCACCGAGGCCCGGCACCGGAGCGCAGUGCAGCACUUCUGGGGAGCGCUGAAGGCUCGGGGUCUGCUCUACAAGGGGCUCUAUGAAGGUUGGUAUUGCGCCUCCGACGAGUGCUUCCUGCCGGAGACCAAGGUCACCCAGCAGCCGGGCCCGUCGGGGGAUUCGUGUCCUGUGUCUCUAGAAAGCGGGCAUCCCGUCUCCUGGACCAAGGAAGAAAACUACAUUUUCAGGCUUUCCCAGUUCCGGGAGCCGCUCCAGCAGUGGCUGCGGGACAACCCUCAGGUGAUCAUCCCCGAGCCAUUCCAUCACACCGUCCUUCAGUGGCUAGAGGAGGAGCUGCCGGACCUGUCAGUCUCUCGCAGGAGUAGUCACUUGCACUGGGGCAUUCCGGUGCCCGGGGACGAUUCGCAGACCAUCUACGUAUGGCUGGAUGCCUUGGUCAACUACCUUACUGUAAUCGGCUACCCAAAUGCUGAGUUCAAGUCAUGGUGGCCUGCUACCUCUCAUAUCAUAGGCAAGGACAUCCUCAAGUUCCAUGCUAUCUAUUGGCCUGCCCUCCUCUUAGGGGCCGGCAUGAGCCCACCAUACCGCAUCUUUGUCCACUCCCACUGGACUGUCUGUGGCCAAAAGAUGUCUAAGAGCCUGGGCAAUGUGGUGGAUCCCAGAACUUGCCUUGACCGCUAUACUGUGGAUGGUUUCCGCUACUUUCUUCUCCGUCAGGGCGUCCCCAACUGGGACUGUGAUUACUAUGAUGAAAAGGUGGUUAAGUUACUAGACUCUGAGCUGGCAGAUGCUUUGGGAGGUCUCUUGAACCGAUGCACUGCUAAUAGAAUAAAUCCUUUUGGGACCUAUCCGACCUUCUGCACCACCUGUUUUCCCAGUGAGCCAGGGUUGGGGGGGCCAUCAGUUCGUGCCCGGGCAGAGGACUAUGCCCUGGUGAGUGCAGUGGCCACUUUGCCCAAGCAGGUAGCAGACCACUAUGCUAACUUUCAGAUCUAUAAGGCUCUGGAGGCAGUGUCCAGCUGUGUCCGGCAAACUAACGGUUUUGUCCAAAGACACGCACCAUGGAAGUUGAACUGGGAGAGCCCAGUGGAUGCUCCCUGGUUGGGUACUGUGCUUCAUGUGGCCUUGGAAUGUUUGCGAGUCUUUGGAACUUUGCUCCAGCCUGUCACCCCAAGCCUAGCUGACAAGCUGCUGUCCAGGUUGGGGGUGACUGACACAGAGAGGGGCCUUGGAGAGCUCUAUUUCUUGCCUCGAUUCUAUGGACACCCUUGCCCUUUUGAAGGGAGGAGGCUGGGACCUGAAACUGGGCUCUUAUUUCCACGACUGGACCAGUCCAGGGCCUGGCUGGUGAAGGCCCAUAGGACCUAGACACUCAGUUUGUAUGGUUUGUGGCUUGUGGUAAAGAAGCAAAUGUAUUAUUUUCUUAUUUUGUAUUUUCAGGAAAGUUAAUAAUGUUUUCUGAAGUGUUGCAUCAAAUGAGCACAUAAGCAAUAUCCCUGUGAAAAGAGGUUUAAAACCUUUCAGGUGUCUACCCGACUCUUCAGUUCUCUGUGUCCAUUAACCACUGUCCUUUGCACUCCAGUGUCUCUAAGAUGUCUCUAGGGGUAAGAUGGGUGAUGGUGAAGGGAGGAAAUGAUCAGUGCUCCAAGAAUCUCAAACUGGAUUUAGGGAUUUCUCCAAGGCUCCAUAAGAACAUCACAGAGAAGAUGAACAAGAUGAUAUGAGAUGUCAGGAUGCUUUAGGAAACCAAGUGUGCCAUCUGAGAGAAGAAAAAUAUAACUCCAAACAGAGAUGAACCGUGCCUACAAGUCAAGGAUUUUGAGAUGACAUGUCUGCAGAAGGCCUGAAAGACUUGCUGGUGAGAAGUUGAAGCAUAGAGAGAUAAAGUAACUUGGCUAAGGUUAUACAGCUUGUAAAACAGGAGAGCCUAGACUCAAGCCUGUCCCAGUGCCAGAGGUUCAGCACCGCCCUUAGCACCAAACUGCACUCAGGCUCCAACAGCUCUUUAUUGUGAUCUGAGUCUACAGUUCAUAGGAGAGGACAUCCUGGGACACCAACCAGGAGAGAUGGCAGU